GAGCCCAGGACAUCUGUGUCCAAAAGACCGGAACCCCGAGAUGUCUGCGCCAUGGCCGCUGCCGUUGCUGCUGCUGCUGCUGGGACCCGUAGCAGCGGCGCUGAUCCGCAUCCCUCUCCGCCGAGUGCAUCCUCAACCCAGCACCCUGGACCCACUGAGGGCAUGGGGGGAGCCAGUGCAACACCCAAGCUUGGGGACCUCAUCUCCUGGGGACAAAUCCACGUUUGUGCCUCUUUCUAACUACAUGAACGUGCAGUAUUUUGGGGAGAUUGGGCUGGGAACGCCUCCCCAAAACUUCUCAGUCAUCUUUGACACUGGCUCCUCCAACCUCUGGGUCCCUUCUAUACGAUGCCACUUUCUAAGCCUGCCCUGCUGGUUCCACCACCGUUUCAACGCCAAAGCCUCCAGCUCCUUCCAGCGCAAUGGGACCAAAUUUGCCAUUCACUAUGGAACCGGGCGGCUCAGCGGCAUUCUGAGCGAGGACAAGCUGACCAUUGGGGGAGUCAAGGGUGCAUCCGUGGUUUUCGGGGAGGCCUUGUGGGAGCCCAGCUUGAUCUUCACUUUUGCCCACUUUGAUGGGAUAUUCGGCCUCGGUUUUCCCAUCCUGGCUGUUGAUGGAGUCCGGCCCCCGCUGGACAUAUUGGUGGACCAGGGCCUAGUGGACAAGCCUAUCUUCUCCUUCUACCUCAACAGGAACCCCGAAGAGGCUGACGGUGGAGAACUGGUUCUGGGGGGCUCCGACCCUGCACACUACAUCCCACCCCUCAUCUAUGUGCCAGUGACUGUCCCAGCCUACUGGCAGAUCCACAUGCAGAGUGUGAAGGUGGGCUCAGGGCUGACCCUCUGUGCCCGGGGCUGUGCCGCCAUCCUGGACACGGGCACAUCCCUCAUCACGGGACCCACCGAGGAGAUCCAGGCCCUGAACACAGCUAUAGGCAGUGUCCCCCUGCGGAUGGGGCAGUACAUCAUUGACUGCUCAAAAAUACCGUCACUCCCCCCAAUCUCCCUCCUCCUUGGCGGGGUCUGGUUUAACCUCACAGGCCAAGACUACGUCAUCCAGAUUGCUCGGUUUGGUGUCCACUUCUGCCUGUCCGGCUUCCAGGCUCUGGACAUACCUCCGCCCGUGGGGCCCUUCUGGAUUCUCGGCGACGUGUUCUUGGGGAGCCACGUGGCCGUCUUCGACCGUGGUGACACGAAAGGCGGUGCCCGAGUGGGGCUGGCACGCGCCCGUCCGCGCAGGGCGGGGCAGCAAGCGGGCGAGCCUGCGCAGGCGCAGUUCUACGGGUGAUGCCUGGCUAGGCGCCAAAGGCCCCUUCUGUGAAAAUUCGCUAUUUCUGCUGCA